AUGCCUCCCGACGACACGUUUGUUGACGAACCUGUCACGCCAGCACCUGUCUUUGCUUACCGUGCGCUCAAGGGCUUCUUUUUUGGUUCUCCUGAAGAUCAACGUGACGUUGAUGAUUCAGACAAAGAGAACGCCCCUCUAGACAAACCUGAAAUCUCCAAGAAAGCAAAAGCUUCUGUGAAAGCCGCAAUCGACACCACCGAGAAGUCAAAAACCUCUAAGGUCUCUGUCAGCAUGCCUAUCACCUUCAAUACUCCAGAGGCUAAGCGCUGGGACGGUCGUCUUCUCGCACCCGAAUUGCCACCGGCCCCAGGCUCACCAACUCGCUCUAUCUUGAGACUACCAGGUCAAGCCACUCCACGUUCUCAGUCUUUGAGAGAUGUCAACGUUACCUUCAAGGAUCUCAGUCCUGAGGAAGCCACUGCUGUUCGUCAGGCCAAAGCAUCCAAUGAUUUGCCAGCACCAUGUACUGCUCAACCAGCACUUCAGGAUGUUGCUGCACCUACACAGAAGGAGAAGCGUUCUCGCAAUGUUGUCUCUAUCGAUGGUGCUGCUACUGCCACUGGCUCAAAUGCGGGUCCAGAACCGGGUCCACCCACUGCUGGCAACUCAGUUCCAUCUGGUCAGGCCCCGUGCGGUGGUAUCUCUGCCGAAGCUUUCGAAGCCUAUCAGAAGCGCACCGAGAAAGAGAUGAAGCGAUUGCUUGCCCAUGCUAAGAAGAUGAAGGAAUUUGCGUACCAGGCCGACCUUCAGAACCACGAGUUGAGGAAGACCAUCAGACAGCUGCAGGUGCAGAACGAGACGUUUCGUAAGGGCCUUCCUGCGUUGGAUCAAGAGGGGAUUGCCGGACCAAAUGGUGCUUUUCAGCUUCCUCUUGCGACACGCCUCGAGGAGCUCCGUGUAGCUAGGGAGCAACGUACCAUCACACGCUGCGCUCCUGGCCGUGUACCGCUCUGCGCACCUCCACUACCCGAAGGAAUCGACCCGAAUUCUAACCUUGCGCGCAAAUACAAAAGUUUUGAAAAUUUUCUGUCCGAAGACCCAAGCCGUGGUGGUUUUCCUCCCGAAGCUUCGAUUGAACAGAUUGUAGAGGCCUGGAGACGUCGUGAGAAGGUCGAUCUAGACGAGAUGUACAGAGAAGGUCUAGCCAUCGCAGAGGCGGAAGAGGAUUCUGAAUUCAAGAAGAGAAUCACUCACCCAAAAGUCUACGCCAUCAACAAAGCCCGCGCUGCUGCAGCCCGGGAGCGAUUGGCCAAGAAAUCUGAGGCGAGGAAGGCCAGUCUUGAGAUUUAG